AUGAGUGACUCACUGAAACACGGUGUUGCUAUGAUGAUGCCAGUCAGAAUGGCUCCUAAACUUCCCCUGAUGUUUUUGCUCAUGUUUUAUGUGGUAUCUAGUGCUGGUUGGCGUGUGAGUUACAGUCCUUCACACAUCUGUGCACUAAAGAACUCAUCAGUGGUAAUGAACUGCUCUUAUUCAUUCCCUACUAAACAUCAGGUCAUUAAAGUGUUCUGGUUCAAAGGGCCAUUACAAGUAGGUGUAGAACCCCCAGAUCUGUCUGAGGACCCUGAAUACAGUCAGAGGCUUCAGUAUCUGGGAGAUAAACAGCAGAACUGCACCAUCAAACUGAGUCAUGUGACACUGAAGGAUUCAGGCAAGUACUAUUUCAGAUUCUUCACUGAUAAAGACAAAGCGAUGGGCCUUACUGGAGUGACUCUUUCUGUCACAGGUGACUCUCAUGAGGUUUCUCUCUUCUUCUGUGCAUUAUGUUGAAUAAUAAUCAGUGUAUGACAGCAGCACUAGAUAUAAUGUGUGUGUUGUGUUCAGAUCUUCGGGUGGAGUCUCCUGAGAGAGUGACAGAGGGAGAUUCAGUCCGUCUGACAUGUAAAAGCAGCUGCACUCUGACUGACAGAGCGACAUUCAUCUGGUACAGAAACUCACAGCCAUUAACUGAGAGAAGAGACAGAAACAAUGAACUCCUGCUGCAGUCAGUCAGAAGAGAGGAUGCAGGCAGAUAUAGCUGUGCUGUACACGGACACAAUCACAUCUCUCCUGCUGUUCAGCUCAAUGUCACACAUCCUCCAAAGAGCGUC